AUGAGUCAGUUGGUCGGGUACUUGCCGCAUUUGCGAACUCAGGUCCACACCUGGAUCAAGCAGCACCGUGAUGCGAGGACGUUCUCCUUUGAUGAGUUGUGGCAGUGUGUUUUGGACUCGUUUGGCUUGCUUGACGGGGUCUACUGUGUUGUGGACGCGAUUGAUGAACUUAAUUGCGAGCAGACUGAUUUCCUUCUUCGUCGGCUUGUUGAUCUGGGCCAAAUGCGCCCUCAAGCUGUAAAGGUCGUCAUGACGAGCAGGCCGUUACCUCAGAUUCAAAAGGUGUUAAACACACCUUCAGUCCUUCAGUUGAGGCUUGAGGACCGACAGACUAACAGAGAUAUCUCCUUGUUUAUUCAACACCGUUUACGUCAGGCUUCAGACAUCAGCGAUGUUACCAGGGAGACAAUCAGGAAGUCGAUAGAAGAUCCACAAGCAAGAGACCGUCGACAGAGCCUCCGUUGA